GUCAACCCCUUUCUUGUCUUGCAUUAAAGACCCAGACCCAGCAAUAGGGAGAAGAGGAACCCAGGAGCUGCCCUUCCUCGUCUUCCUCGCUCGUCAAGUCAUCAGCAUCUCAGCACCCAAAGUCGACAAAAUUGAAGGACACCUAGCCGGCAAAACAUGAGGGGGAAGGUCGACGAGUGCUGGGACGAGUGCUGCUACAACUGGGGCGAGUGGAAAUACUGCCUGCUGUGCCUCGGCAUCGUGGUGGCCAUCGUCCUCAUCGUGGUGUUCGUCGCCGCCUUCGGUUUCGUGCGCCACAUCGACGUCUCCGUGGACGACGCUUCGCUGACGCGGUUCGAGCUGGCGACGUCGCCGGUGACGUCGCUGUCGUACAACCUGUCCGUGACCCUGGUGAUCCGCAACCCGAACUGGGCCAUGAGCCUCAAGAACACCAAGCCGCUGGAGGCGCAGUACAAGUUCGACGACCAGAUGUUCGACCGCUUCCAGCUGGCCGACAAGGGCGACAAGCACCCCGCCGGCAAGACCAGAGUGUACCACAUCGCGCCCCCGGGCACGACGAGUAGCGUCAUGCUCGGGAACGCCGGCGAGGCCGAGUUCCGGAAGGAGAACGCCACGGGGACGUUCCAGGUGGAGGUGGCCGUCGCCGGGGAGGUGCGCUACACGGCGCGCUACACCAAGUGCAAGAUCCAGGCGUCGUGCCCGCUCAAGCUGCAGCUGGCGCCGCCGGGCACCGCCGCCGUCGUGUUCCAGAAGGUCACGUGCAAGCUCGCCAAGGCGGAGAAGAACUGCUAGAUCUAGCUUGCAUAUAUAGCUGGUGGCAUGGCAUGGCACACAAGCCUUAUUGCAUUGCGUUCGUGUUGCGCGGUUUUGUGUUCGUCGAUCGGUGGUGGCGACGAUUUGAUUAUGUUUGUUGACUUUUGUUCUGAUUGCUGUGUGUGGUGUGCUCCGUUAAUCAGGAUUUCUGCUGUCUGCACCCGUGUGAUUGCAAAUUUGCGCGGAAUGUGAUCUGUUUCAGCUCAGUUUGUCUGAUAUAGACCUGUUGUUUAAAA